UUCUCAUCAGGGUUGCCGCCCGAAACCCGUUACCCGAAACCCGAAAAGAAAACUGCUCCGGCUUCAACGGGUGUGCAGCUGUUUUGUUCUGUUUUUUAAACUCAACUUCGAUUUAUUUAUUUUUUUCAGAUCAAAAUUAAUUAGAAUGGUAUAUUUUUAAUAAAAAUAUUUUUAAUUUAAUUUUCAGCCAAUUAUUUCUCUCCAAAUGAAGGCAAACCUUGUAAAUGUUACAAACUUAAAACCUCAAAAUUAUGAAGAACAUCGCUGGUAUUUAAAGUUAAAAUGUUGUGGGUGUGGGGAAAAUUAUGAGAGAUGGCAUUAUGGAAAUAUUAAAGAAACACAUACUUUAACAAAAGGUAAAGGAAUUUGUCAUAUUUCAAUUAAAUGCUCAUUUUGUGGGAGAAUAAAUACUUUAGAAAUUUUGCCAAGCAGUUAUUUACCCUACAAUAAUGACAAAAAUGAGCAAUUUCAAGCAAUUGUUAAAUUUGAAUGUAGAGGGUUAGAACCUAUCGAUUUUGAUCCGCGUAUUGGUUGGAGUUGUUCUAGUACUGAAAGUGAUUUAAAUUUUGAAGAAAUUGACUUAAACACAAAAGAAUGGUUUGAUUAUGAUGAAAAAGCUAGUCUUCCUGUAGAAAUAAAAGAAAUGUUUUUUAAAUUUGUUGUUGUUAAAGAAUAA